AGUCUUCUUUGGUUGUGGUUGCGUUGGAGGGCGGUGUGGCUGAUGACGGCCUGGGAGUUCUGAAGGCAGGCCAGAGCAAGGGCCAAUUCCCUGUUGGGUACCUUUACCUGGAGCGGCAUGACCAUCUCAAAGGCAUUGCCCGAGCAAGGCUCAUGUCGGAGAUUUCCGAGCUGCUAGUGUCCAAGGCCCUGACAGUGCCGGGAUUUACGCCAGGCCGCAACUCCAACCAGAAGAGCAAAGUGAACGUGUCUGAAGAGGCAAGGCUGUUCAGCGAAGGCUUAAAGGUGCUCAAGCUGGACACAGAAGCUAGGCUGGUGGUGCCUUCUGACUCCGACGUUGCUUCGUCUCACGCUUCAGCGUCGGUGUUCAGUACACUCGCUACAAUCCGGGAGAAGACAGAGAAAUUCAAGGUGCAAGUGGGCGCAGGUGACAGUGCGGACGCGGCGGUUACCUUCAAGAGCAAGGAGCUCUUUCAGCAGCGGCACACGGUGGCUCAAGUUCUCGGCUUUGACUUCUGCAAAGGGCUUAAGCUCCUUGUGCACUCCAGCGGCUGCGCGCUCUACAACGAGACUGACUCUGAGCUUGUGGUGGGGGCAAAGGGCCCCACGCCACUGAUCGGCUACGGAGCCAUGUCCGUGAUCACUUCAGCAGAGUCCGAGAAGUUCGGCGGACGCAAGAUGCAGUGGACCUUGACAUCCGCCACCGCA